AAUGUUCAACUUAAAUAUAACUUUCGAAAAUUUAGAUUCAGAAGUUGCAAAGGCAAAACUCAAAGUAGUUCCAGCUAAGUCAGUUGACAUUAAAUUUGUCCAACAAAAAUCAGCUCUUUUGAGGCUGGUCAAAUUGAAUACUAAACUGAAAGAUGGUGAGUUAUUUAAAAAUGACAGUGAUAAGUUUGAAAAACUGAAAAGAUCGCAGCUUCUGAAGGAAUUAGAAUUUGAUUAUUUAUUGGACAAAAAUGUUGAGUUCAUUUUGGAAAAUGCCAGUCUGGAGGAAAAAGACAUAAAAAUCAAAGACAAAAAGAAUAUUAAAGACAUGCACAUCAACAAUUCUCUCUCUACACUGGAAUUGAACAUAUUUAUCUUAAGAGGAAUUGAAUUCAUUAUUCUUGCAGAAGAGAAAAAGUUUGUUCCAUUGUGCAUUAUAAGUCCUGUGGCUUCUCUUGGUUUAGGUCAAGCGAUGCUUGGUUGUGCUUUGAUAAUAACUGGUUUUGGCGCCUCCUUGAGAACGGCAAUAGUUGCAGAAGGAAUAGCACACAUGAAAGCAGUUGGUCUGGCCAUAUCCGCUGUCUCUAUGGGGAUGUCAAUUAUGAAGGAUGAUGCCAAGGACAAAACAGUCCAGAAAAGAGCUAAUGACAUUCGACAAGGAAAAGCAGAUAUAAUAGCUGCUGCUAAACGUUACAGAAUCAUAUUGAAAAUUGUAGACAGUUUAAAGUACAGCUUAAUCAGAGAAGAUGUCGAAAAUAAAGUUAGAGUUAUAUAUGUUCAAUUUGAUUAUAGUUUAGACAUUCGUGAUAUCUUUUACGUGAAUGAUGGAGGCUGUGUGGUUGAAAUAACAGCCAGUCGUGAGAUAAACGACUAUCCCUUUGAUGCUUUCAGUCAUAUUCUUGACAAGCAGGGCAUCAGCAAAUCCCUCAUUAAUGUUCGGGGUGUGACUGCCAAAUAUAUGGAAUUAAACUGCAAUUACUUUUAUGAAUACAUUAGACAAAAAGCCGGUGUGAGAACUGAGACAACGACAGAUUAUAUAACUAAAGAGUUUUGGCGUUAUGAAACAAUGUCACAAUAG